AGGUGCAGCGAGACUGCCCAGUGUCCAGUGGUGGGAGAAGCAAGGUCCAGCGGUGACCUCUUCUCCACAAGCCAUGCUCAGGCCCCAGCUGCUGCUCCUCCUGUCCUUUGGGGGGGCCCUGCUCAACACCGGUCUGAACGACACCUCUGUGCACCCAGGACUCAGGAGGCCGAAGGACUUUCCACAGACAGCUCCAGGCAGGGGCUGGUGCUCCACAUGGGGAACCAGCCACUUCUCCACCUUUGACGGCCACAUGUACGACUUCUCGGGGACCUGCAACUACAUCUUCGCGGCUACCUGCAAGGACGCCUCAUCCACCUUCAGUGUCCAGUUACGGCGAGGACCCGACGGGAGCAUCUCCCGGAUCAUUGUGGAACUAGGAACCUCUGUGGUUACCGUGCAGAAGAUGGUCAUUUCCAUCAAAGACGUGGGGGUCAUCACCCUGCCCUACACCAGCAAUGGCCUUCAGAUCACACCCUUCGGCCAGAGCAUGCAGCUGGUGGCCAAGCAGUUGGAAUUGGAGCUGGUGGUCAUGUGGGGCCCGGGAGACCACCUCAUGGUGCUGGUGGAGAGGAGGCUGGCAGGCAAGCUGUGUGGGCUCUGUGGGGAUUUUGAUGGCCAACCCACCGAGUUUCUGCAAGACGGCAAACUCCUGGAACCCCACAAGUAUGCCGCCCUCCAGAAACUGGAUGACCCCAACGAGAUCUGUGCCUACGAGGCCAUUCCUGGCACCAGAGUCCUCCACGCACAGCAUGCUCGGACCUGCUCACGGCUGCUGACCCUGGUGUCCCCUGAGUGCAGCGUGCCCAGGGAGCCAUUCCUGCUGGGCUGCCAGGCAGACAUGGCCACGUGCACCCAUCCAGGCCAGUGGAACUGCAGCUGCGCCACACUGUCCGAGUACUCACGCCAGUGCAGCAUGGCCAGCCAGCCUGUCCGCAGCUGGCGGGGCCCCAGCCUCUGCUCCGUGGGCCGGUGCCCAGCGAACCAGGUGUACCAGGAGUGCGGUGAGGCCUGCACCAGGACCUGCUCCAACCCGCAGCACAGCUGUGCCAGCUUCUGCACCUUUGGCUGCUUCUGCCCAGAAGGUAUGGUUCUUGAUGACAUCUCCAAGAACCACACCUGCGUGCCGGUCACCCAGUGCCCCUGCAUGCUCAACGGGGUGGUCUACCCACCUGGGGAGGUCACAACAGCUGCCUGCCGGACCUGCCGGUGCACCAUGGGCCACUGGACGUGCACGAAUCGGCCCUGCCCCCAGCGCUGCUCCCUGGAAGGUGGAUCCUUCGUCACCACAUUUGAUGCCAGACACUAUCGCUUCCAUGGCACCUGCACCUAUGUCCUCCUCCAGAGCCUGCAGCUCCCCGACAGGGCCUCCCUCAUGGCUGUGUACGACAAGUCUGGGUACUCUCACUCGGAGACCUCCUUGGUUGCUGUCAUCUAUAUGUCUAGCCAGGACAAAAUCGUGAUUUCUCAGGAUGAGGUGAUCACCAACAACGGGGACGCCAAGUGGCUGCCGUACGAGACUCGCAACAUCACAAUCUUCCGACAGACGUCCACCCACCUCCAGAUGGCCACCACCUUUGGGCUGGAGCUGGUGGUACAGCUCCAGCCCGUGUUCCAGGCAUACAUUACUGUCGGGCCCCAGUUCAGAGACCAGACGAGAGGGCUCUGUGGCACCUUCAAUGGGGACACCACAGAUGACUUCAUGAGCAGCAUGGGCAUUGUGGAGGGUACUGCAGCGCUCUUUGUGGACUCCUGGCGGGCAGGCAACUGCCCGGCAGCGCUUGAGCGUGAGACGGACCCCUGCUCCAUGAGCCAGCUCAACAAGGUGUGCGCGGAGACCCACUGCUCGGUCCUGGUGAAGAAGGGCACAGUGUUUGAGGAGUGCCAUGCCACAGUGAACCCCAAACCCUUCUACAAGAGGUGUGUGUACCAAGCCUGUAACUACGAGGAGACGUUCCCAUACAUCUGUGCCGCCCUGAGUGACUACGCCCGCGCCUGUGCCUCAUGGGGUGUCCCGCUCUGGGGCUGGAGAAGCAGCGUGGACAACUGCACCAUCCCCUGCACGGGCAACCAGACAUUCAGCUAUGACAGCCAGGCCUGCGGCCGCACAUGCCUCUCACUCUCCAACCGGACGGCUGAGUGCCACCCCAGUCCUGUGCCCUUGGAUGGCUGCAACUGCCCUGAGGGCACCUACCUGAACCACAAGGCCGAGUGUGUGCACAAGGCCCAAUGUCCCUGCCUCCUGGACAACCACAAACUCAUUCUGGCCGACCAGUCGACCAUGGUCAAUGGCAUCACCUGCCACUGCAUCAAUGGGCGGCUGAAUUGCCCAGGGCGGCCACUGAUGCUCUUGGCAUCCUGCCCUGCCCCCAAGAUAUUCCAGUCCUGCAGCCAGUCCUCGGAGACCAAGUUUGGGGCAGCCUGCGCCCCCACAUGUCAGAUGCUGGCCACUGGCAUCCCCUGCGUGCCCACCAAGUGUGAGCCCGGCUGUGUCUGUGCCAAGGGACUUUACGAGAAUGCUCAAGGGCAGUGUGUGCCCCCCGAGGAGUGCCCAUGUGAGUUUGCAGGCAUCUCCUAUCCCCAGGGCGCCAAGCUCCACACGGACUGUAAGGCCUGCACCUGCUCACAGGGGAAGUGGUCAUGCCAGCAGAGUGCCCGCUGCACAUCCACCUGUACCCUGUACGGGGAGGGCCACGUGCUCACCUUUGACGGCCAGCGCUUCGCGUUCAAUGGCAACUGCGAGUACAUCCUGGCCACAGACGGCUGCAGCGCCAAUGACUCGCAGCCGGCCUUCAAGAUCCUAACGGAAAAUGUGGUUUGCGGGAAGCUGGGUGUCACCUGCUCCCGGGCCAUCAAGAUCUUCCUGGGGGGCCUGUCCAUCGUGCUGGCAGACAGGAACUACACUGUGAGCGGGGCGGACCCCCAUGUGCACUUCCAAGUGAAGGCCGGUUCCCUGCACCUAGUGCUGGACAUCACCAUCGGCAAUGGCUACAACCUGACACUUGUCUGGAACAAGCACAUGACUGUCUUCAUUGAGAUUGCGCAUGCUGCCCAGGGUGCACUCUGCGGGCUGUGUGGCAACUACAAUGGGAACAUGAAGGAUGACUUUGAGACGCGGAGCAAAUACGUGGCUUCCAACGAGCUGGAGUUUGUGAACUCCUGGAAGGAGAGCCCACUGUGUGGGGACGCCAGCUUCGAGCUGGACCCCUGCAGUGCCAAUGCCUUCCGCCGCUCCUGGGCUGAGCGCAAGUGUGGCAUCAUCAACAGCCAGACCUUCGCGGCCUGCCACAGCCAGGUGUACCGCCUGCCCUACUACGAGGCGUGCGUGCGCGAUGCCUGUGGGUGCGACACUGGUGGGGACUGUGAGUGCCUGUGCGAUGCCGUGGCCGCCUACGCCAAGGCCUGCCUGGACAAGGGCGUGUGUGUGGACUGGAGGGCCCCGGACUUCUGCCCCAUCUACUGCGGCUUCUACAACACCCACACGCAGGCAGGGGACAACAAGUACCAGCACACCCAGGCGGCCGACUGUACAUGGCACUACCAGCCCUGCCUGUGUCCUGAGUGGCCACAGAGCGUGCCGGGCACCAACAUCGAAGGCUGCUACAACUGUUCCCAGGAUGAGUACUUUGACCAGGACGAGGGCGUGUGUGUGCCAUGCCUGCCACCGCUCACCACACCGCCACCCAGCACAGGCUCACCCUCCACAGAAGCCAAGCCCACCACGGCCACCCUGAGCACCACGGCAACACACAGGACCACUGGGCUUCUCAGUUCCACUGGACCCUCUGCAAGUUCCCCACUGACACCUGUGGCUCCCACCCUUCCAGCCACAACCAUGGGCCCCUCCUCCACGCAGGCAGGGACAGCCAUGACCACUCAGACUGAACAAACAGUCUCUUCAGGAGCACGCAGUACAGAGGAAAGGACACCAACAACAGAGCAGACGAAGACUACAGGACUCCCUGAGAGGACCACAAGCCACAGACUACCAACUAACACCAAGGAACCAGAAACAACACCAGAGGAACAAAGUCACAGUGACGAGACAACUAACGAGGCCAACGCCACACCAGCCAGGCCCCACACUCACUUCACCACGCAGCCCGCCCACACGCCUUCUGUCUCCUCGGCCUCCCACUCCACGGGCCCGCCCGCGGGCACAUCCUUCCGCACCACCACCCCGUUGCCAACCCCUUCACGCCCCGAGACCACUCUGUCCACGCGGGGCCCUCCAACGGCCACCUCCUCCGUCACGCCUACCAGCCACCGGGUGACCUCUCCCAGUCACCCAGAGACCACCUCUCUGUCCUCCACCGCCAGGCCAACAGGCCCCUCUUCUGCUUCCACACCCAACCCUCUCACGGGCACACACUCCUCCGCUCGUCCACAGACGACCACCCAAGCCCACCGCUCCCUCAGCACGGCCAGGACCUCCAGUUCCCCCGUCACGCACCUCUCCGCACCUGUCAGCUCCGGAACCGUGCCUGCCCCCCACACCACCCUCUCCCCAAAGCCCACCUCGACAGGAACGGCCACCCCUGCAACACACACUGCCACUGCCACGCCAGCCAGGCCCCACACGCACUUCACCACGCAGCCCGCCCACACGCCUUCUGUCUCCUCGGCCUCCCACUCCACGGGCCCGCCCGCGGGCACAUCCUUCCGCACCACCACCCCGUUGCCAACCCCUUCACGCCCCGAGACCACUCUGUCCACGCGGGGCCCUCCAACGGCCACCUCCUCCGUCAUGCCUACCAGCCACCGCGUUACCUCCCCCAGCCACCCAGAGACCGCCUCCCCGUCCGCCACCGCCAGGCCACCGGUCCCCUCCGCUACGUCCACUCACAGCCCUCUAACGGGCACACACUCCUCCGCCCGGCCACUGACGACGACCCAAGUCCACCGCUCCGGCAGCACGGCCAGGACCUCAAGCUCCGUCUCACACCUCCCAACUCCUGCCAUCUCUGAAACCACGGCAGCCCCUCACACCACCCUCUCCCCCAAGCCCACGGCGACAGGAACAGCGACCCCAUCCACGCUCACUGCCACCGCCACGCCAGCCAGGCCCCACACGCACUUCACCACGCAGCCCGCCCACACGCCUUCUGUCUCCUCGGCCUCCCACUCCACGGGCCCGCCCGUGGGCACAUCCUUCCGCACCACCACCCCGUUCCCAACCCCUUCACGCCCCGAGACCACUCUGUCCACGCGGGGCCCUCCAACGGCCACCUCCUCCGUCACGCCUACCAGCCACCGGGUGACCUCUCCCAGUCACCCAGAGACCACCUCUCUGUCCUCCACCGCCAGGCCAACAGGCCCCUCUUCUGCUUCCACACCCAACCCUCUCACGGGCACACAGUCCUCCGCUCGUCCACAGACGACCACCCAAGCCCACCGCUCCCUCAGCACGGCCAGGACCUCCAGUUCCCCCGUCACGCACCUCUCCGCACCUGUCAGCUCCGGAACCGUGCCCGCCCCCCACACCACCCUCUCCCCAAAGCCCACCUCGACAGGAACGGCCACCCCUGCAACACACACUGCCACCGCCACGCCAGCCAGGCCCCACACGCACUUCACCACGCAGCCCGCCCACACGCCUUCUGUCUCCUCGGCCUCCCACUCCACGGGCCCGCCCGCGGGCACAUCCUUCCGCACCACCACCCCGUUGCCAACCCCUUCACGCCCCGAGACCACUCUGUCCACGCGGGGCCCUCCAACGGCCACCUCCUCCGUCACGCCUACCAGCCACCGGGUGACCUCUCCCAGUCACCCAGAGACCACCUCUCUGUCCUCCACUGCCAGGCCAACAGGCCCCUCUUCUGCUUCCACACCCAACCCUCUCACGGGCACACAGUCCUCCGCUCGUCCACAGACGACCACCCAAGCCCACCGCUCCCUCAGCACGGCCAGGACCUCCAGUUCCCCCGUCACGCACCUCUCCGCACCUGUCAGCUCCGGAACCGUGCCCGCCCCCCACACCACCCUCUCCCCAAAGCCCACCUCGACAGGAACGGCCACCCCUGCAACACACACUGCCACUGCCACGCCAGCCAGGCCCCACACGCACUUCACCACGCAGCCCGCCCACACGCCUUCUGUCUCCUCGGCCUCCCACUCCACGGGCCCGCCCGUGGGCACAUCCUUCCGCACCACCACCCCGUUGCCAACCCCUUCACGCCCCGAGACCACUCUGUCCACGCGGGGCCCUCCAACGGCCACCUCCUCCGUCAUGCCUACCAGCCACCGCGUUACCUCCCCCAGCCACCCAGAGACCGCCUCCCCGUCCGCCACCGCCAGGCCACCGGUCCCCUCCGCUACGUCCACUCACAGCCCUCUAACGGGCACACACUCCUCCGCCCGGCCACUGACGACGACCCAAGUCCACCGCUCCGGCAGCACGGCCAGGACCUCAAGCUCCGUCUCACACCUCCCAACUCCUGCCAUCUCUGAAACCACGGCAGCCCCUCACACCACCCUCUCCCCCAAGCCCACGGCGACAGGAACGGCGACCCCAGCCACGCUCACUGCCACCGCCACGCCAGCCAGGCCCCACACGCACUUCACCACGCAGCCCGCCCACACGCCUUCUGUCUCCUCGGCCUCCCACUCCACGGGCCCGCCCGUGGGCACAUCCGUCCGCACCACCACCCCGUUGCCAACCCCUUCACGCCCCGAGACCACUCUGUCCACGCGGGGCCCUCCAACAGCCACCUCCUCCGUCACGCCUACCAGCCACCGGGUGACCUCUCCCAGUCACCCAGAGACCACCUCUCUGUCCUCCACCGCCAGGCCAACAGGCCCCUCUUCUGCUUCCACACGCAACCCUCUCACGGGCACACACUCCUCCGCUCGUCCACAGACGACCACCCAAGCCCACCGCUCCCUCAGCACGGCCAGGACCUCCAGUUCCCCCGUCACGCACCUCUCCGCACCUGUCAGCUCCGGAACCGUGCCCGCCCCCCACACCACCCUCUCCCCAAAGCCCACCUCGACAGGAACGGCCACCCCUGCAACACACACUGCCACCGCCACGUCAGCCAGGCCCCACACGCACUUCACCACGCAGCCCGCCCACACGCCUUCUGUCUCCUCAGCCUCCCACUCCACGGGCCCGCCCGUGGGCACAUCCUUCCGCACCACCACCCCGUUGCCAACCCCUUCACGCCCCGAGACCACUCUGUCCACGCGGGGCCCUCCAACGGCCACCUCCUCCGUCACGCCUACCAGCCACCGGGUGACCUCUCCCAGUCACCCAGAGACCACCUCUCUGUCCUCCACCGCCAGGCCAACAGGCCCCUCUUCUGCUUCCACACCCAACCCUCUCACGGGCACACACUCCUCCGCUCGUCCACAGACGACCACCCAAGCCCACCGCUCCCUCAGCACGGCCAGGACCUCCAGUUCCCCCGUCACGCACCUCUCCGCACCUGUCAGCUCCGGAACCGUGCCCGCCCCCCACACCACCCUCUCCCCAAAGCCCACCUCGACAGGAACGGCCACCCCUGCAACACACACUGCCACCGCCACGCCAGCCAGGCCCCACACGCACUUCACCACGCAGCCCGCCCACACGCCUUCUGUCUCCUCGGCCUCCCACUCCACGGGCCCGCCCGCGGGCACAUCCUUCCGCACCACCACCCCGUUGCCAACCCCUUCACGCCCCGAGACCACUCUGUCCACGCGGGGCCCUCCAACGGCCACCUCCUCCGUCAUGCCUACCAGCCACCGCGUUACCUCCCCCAGCCACCCAGAGACCGCCUCCCCGUCCGCCACCGCCAGGCCACCGGUCCCCUCCGCUACGUCCACUCACAGCCCUCUAACGGGCACACACUCCUCCGCCCGGCCACUGACCACGACCCAAGUCCACCGCUCCGUCAGCACGGCCAGGACCUCAAGCUCCGUCUCACACCUCCCAACUCCUGCCAUCUCUGAAACCACGGCAGCCCCUCACACCACCCUCUCCCCCAAGCCCACGGCGACAGGAACAGCGACCCCAGCCACGCUCACUGCCACCGCCACGCCAGCCAGGCCCCACACGCACUUCACCACGCAGCCCGCCCACACGCCUUCUGUCUCCUCGGCCUCCCACUCCACGGGCCCGCCCGCGGGCACAUCCUUCCGCACCACCACCCCGUUGCCAACCCCUUCACGCCCCGAGACCACUCUGUCCACGCGGGGCCCUCCAACGGCCACCUCCUCCGUCACGCCUACCAGCCACCGGGUGACCUCUCCCAGUCACCCAGAGACCACCUCUCUGUCCUCCACCGCCAGGCCAACAGGCCCCUCUUCUGCUUCCACACCCAACCCUCUCACGGGCACACAGUCCUCCGCUCGUCCACAGACGACCACCCAAGCCCACCGCUCCCUCAGCACGGCCAGGACCUCCAGUUCCCCCGUCACGCACCUCUCCGCACCUGUCAGCUCCGGAACCGUGCCCGCCCCCCACACCACCCUCUCCCCAAAGCCCACCUCGACAGGAACGGCCACCCCUGCAACACACACUGCCACUGCCACGCCAGCCAGGCCCCACACGCACUUCACCACGCAGCCCGCCCACACGCCUUCUGUCUCCUCGGCCUCCCACUCCACGGGCCCGCCCGCGGGCACAUCCUUCCGCACCACCACCCCGUUGCCAACCCCUUCACGCCCCGAGACCACUCUGUCCACGCGGGGCCCUCCAACGGCCACCUCCUCCGUCAUGCCUACCAGCCACCGCGUUACCUCCCCCAGCCACCCAGAGACCGCCUCCCCGUCCGCCACCGCCAGGCCACCGGUCCCCUCCGCUACGUCCACUCACAGCCCUCUAACGGGCACACACUCCUCCGCCCGGCCACUGACGACGACCCAAGUCCACCGCUCCGGCAGCACGGCCAGGACCUCAAGCUCCGUCUCACACCUCCCAACUCCUGCCAUCUCUGAAACCACGGCAGCCCCUCACACCACCCUCUCCCCCAAGCCCACGGCGACAGGAACAGCGACCCCAUCCACGCUCACUGCCACCGCCACGCCAGCCAGGCCCCACACGCACUUCACCACGCAGCCCGCCCACACGCCUUCUGUCUCCUCGGCCUCCCACUCCACGGGCCCGCCCGUGGGCACAUCCUUCCGCACCACCACCCCGUUCCCAACCCCUUCACGCCCCGAGACCACUCUGUCCACGCGGGGCCCUCCAACGGCCACCUCCUCCGUCACGCCUACCAGCCACCGGGUGACCUCUCCCAGUCACCCAGAGACCACCUCUCUGUCCUCCACCGCCAGGCCAACAGGCCCCUCUUCUGCUUCCACACCCAACCCUCUCACGGGCACACAGUCCUCCGCUCGUCCACAGACGACCACCCAAGCCCACCGCUCCCUCAGCACGGCCAGGACCUCCAGUUCCCCCGUCACGCACCUCUCCGCACCUGUCAGCUCCGGAACCGUGCCCGCCCCCCACACCACCCUCUCCCCAAAGCCCACCUCGACAGGAACGGCCACCCCUGCAACACACACUGCCACCGCCACGCCAGCCAGGCCCCACACGCACUUCACCACGCAGCCCGCCCACACGCCUUCUGUCUCCUCGGCCUCCCACUCCACGGGCCCGCCCGCGGGCACAUCCUUCCGCACCACCACCCCGUUGCCAACCCCUUCACGCCCCGAGACCACUCUGUCCACGCGGGGCCCUCCAACGGCCACCUCCUCCGUCACGCCUACCAGCCACCGGGUGACCUCUCCCAGUCACCCAGAGACCACCUCUCUGUCCUCCACUGCCAGGCCAACAGGCCCCUCUUCUGCUUCCACACCCAACCCUCUCACGGGCACACAGUCCUCCGCUCGUCCACAGACGACCACCCAAGCCCACCGCUCCCUCAGCACGGCCAGGACCUCCAGUUCCCCCGUCACGCACCUCUCCGCACCUGUCAGCUCCGGAACCGUGCCCGCCCCCCACACCACCCUCUCCCCAAAGCCCACCUCGACAGGAACGGCCACCCCUGCAACACACACUGCCACUGCCACGCCAGCCAGGCCCCACACGCACUUCACCACGCAGCCCGCCCACACGCCUUCUGUCUCCUCGGCCUCCCACUCCACGGGCCCGCCCGUGGGCACAUCCUUCCGCACCACCACCCCGUUGCCAACCCCUUCACGCCCCGAGACCACUCUGUCCACGCGGGGCCCUCCAACGGCCACCUCCUCCGUCAUGCCUACCAGCCACCGCGUUACCUCCCCCAGCCACCCAGAGACCGCCUCCCCGUCCGCCACCGCCAGGCCACCGGUCCCCUCCGCUACGUCCACUCACAGCCCUCUAACGGGCACACACUCCUCCGCCCGGCCACUGACGACGACCCAAGUCCACCGCUCCGGCAGCACGGCCAGGACCUCAAGCUCCGUCUCACACCUCCCAACUCCUGCCAUCUCUGAAACCACGGCAGCCCCUCACACCACCCUCUCCCCCAAGCCCACGGCGACAGGAACGGCGACCCCAGCCACGCUCACUGCCACCGCCACGCCAGCCAGGCCCCACACGCACUUCACCACGCAGCCCGCCCACACGCCUUCUGUCUCCUCGGCCUCCCACUCCACGGGCCCGCCCGUGGGCACAUCCGUCCGCACCACCACCCCGUUGCCAACCCCUUCACGCCCCGAGACCACUCUGUCCACGCGGGGCCCUCCAACAGCCACCUCCUCCGUCACGCCUACCAGCCACCGGGUGACCUCUCCCAGUCACCCAGAGACCACCUCUCUGUCCUCCACCGCCAGGCCAACAGGCCCCUCUUCUGCUUCCACACGCAACCCUCUCACGGGCACACACUCCUCCGCUCGUCCACAGACGACCACCCAAGCCCACCGCUCCCUCAGCACGGCCAGGACCUCCAGUUCCCCCGUCACGCACCUCUCCGCACCUGUCAGCUCCGGAACCGUGCCCGCCCCCCACACCACCCUCUCCCCAAAGCCCACCUCGACAGGAACGGCCACCCCUGCAACACACACUGCCACCGCCACGUCAGCCAGGCCCCACACGCACUUCACCACGCAGCCCGCCCACACGCCUUCUGUCUCCUCAGCCUCCCACUCCACGGGCCCGCCCGUGGGCACAUCCUUCCGCACCACCACCCCGUUGCCAACCCCUUCACGCCCCGAGACCACUCUGUCCACGCGGGGCCCUCCAACGGCCACCUCCUCCGUCACGCCUACCAGCCACCGGGUGACCUCUCCCAGUCACCCAGAGACCACCUCUCUGUCCUCCACCGCCAGGCCAACAGGCCCCUCUUCUGCUUCCACACCCAACCCUCUCACGGGCACACACUCCUCCGCUCGUCCACAGACGACCACCCAAGCCCACCGCUCCCUCAGCACGGCCAGGACCUCCAGUUCCCCCGUCACGCACCUCUCCGCACCUGUCAGCUCCGGAACCGUGCCCGCCCCCCACACCACCCUCUCCCCAAAGCCCACCUCGACAGGAACGGCCACCCCUGCAACACACACUGCCACCGCCACGCCAGCCAGGCCCCACACGCACUUCACCACGCAGCCCGCCCACACGCCUUCUGUCUCCUCGGCCUCCCACUCCACGGGCCCGCCCGCGGGCACAUCCUUCCGCACCACCACCCCGUUGCCAACCCCUUCACGCCCCGAGACCACUCUGUCCACGCGGGGCCCUCCAACGGCCACCUCCUCCGUCAUGCCUACCAGCCACCGCGUUACCUCCCCCAGCCACCCAGAGACCGCCUCCCCGUCCGCCACCGCCAGGCCACCGGUCCCCUCCGCUACGUCCACUCACAGCCCUCUAACGGGCACACACUCCUCCGCCCGGCCACUGACCACGACCCAAGUCCACCGCUCCGUCAGCACGGCCAGGACCUCAAGCUCCGUCUCACACCUCCCAACUCCUGCCAUCUCUGAAACCACGGCAGCCCCUCACACCACCCUCUCCCCCAAGCCCACGGCGACAGGAACAGCGACCCCAGCCACGCUCACUGCCACCGCCACGCCAGCCAGGCCCCACACGCACUUCACCACGCAGCCCGCCCACACGCCUUCUGUCUCCUCGGCCUCCCACUCCACGGGCCCGCCCGCGGGCACAUCCUUCCGCACCACCACCCCGUUGCCAACCCCUUCACGCCCCGAGACCACUCUGUCCACGCGGGGCCCUCCAACGGCCACCUCCUCCGUCACGCCUACCAGCCACCGGGUGACCUCUCCCAGUCACCCAGAGACCACCUCUCUGUCCUCCACCGCCAGGCCAACAGGCCCCUCUUCUGCUUCCACACCCAACCCUCUCACGGGCACACAGUCCUCCGCUCGUCCACAGACGACCACCCAAGCCCACCGCUCCCUCAGCACGGCCAGGACCUCCAGUUCCCCCGUCACGCACCUCUCCGCACCUGUCAGCUCCGGAACCGUGCCCGCCCCCCACACCACCCUCUCCCCAAAGCCCACCUCGACAGGAACGGCCACCCCUGCAACACACACUGCCACCGCCACGUCAGCCAGGCCCCACACGCACUUCACCACGCAGCCCGCCCACACGCCUUCUGUGUCCUCGGCCUCCCACUCCACGGGCCCGCCCGCGGGCACAUCCUUCCGCACCACCACCCCGUUGCCAACCCCUUCACGCCCCGAGACCACUCUGUCCACGCGGGGCCCUCCAACGGCCACCUCCUCCGUCAUGCCUACCAGCCACCGCGUUACCUCCCCCAGCCACCCAGAGACCGCCUCCCCGUCCGCCACCGCCAGGCCACCGGUCCCCUCCGCUACGUCCACUCACAGCCCUCUAACGGGCACACACUCCUCCGCCCGGCCACUGACGACGACCCAAGUCCACCGCUCCGUCAGCACGGCCAGGACCUCAAGCUCCGUCUCACACCUCCCAACUCCUGCCAUCUCUGAAACCACGGCAGCCCCUCACACCACCCUCUCCCCCAAGCCCACGGCGACAGGAACGGCGACCCCAGCCACUCACACUGCCACCGCCACGCCAGCCAGGCCCCACACGCACUUCACCACGCAGCCCGCCCACACGCCUUCUGUCUCCUCGGCCUCCCACUCCACGGGCCCGCCCGCGGGCACAUCCUUCAGCACCACCACCCCGUUGCCAACCCCUUCACGCCCCGAGACCACUCUGUCCACGCGGGGCCCUCCAACGGCCACCUCCUCCGUCAUGCCUACCAGCCACCGCGUUACCUCCCCCAGCCACCCAGAGACCGCCUCCCCGUCCGCCACCGCCAGGCCACCGGUCCCCUCCGCUACGUCCACUCACAGCCCUCUAACGGGCACACACUCCUCCGCCCGGCCACUGACGACGACCCAAGUCCACCGCUCCGUCAGCACGGCCAGGACCUCAAGCUCCGUCUCACACCUCCCAACUCCUGCCAUCUCUGAAACCACGGCAGCCCCUCACACCACCCUCUCCCCCAAGCCCACGGCGACAGGAACGGCGACCCCAGCCACUCACACUGCCACCGCCACGCCAGCCAGGCCCCACACGCACUUCACCACGCAGCCCGCCCACACGCCUUCUGUCUCCUCGGCCUCCCACUCCACGGGCCCGCCCGCGGGCACAUCCGUCCGCACCACCACCCCGUUGCCAACCCCUUCACGCCCCGAGACCACUCUGUCCACGCGGGGCCCUCCAACGGCCACCUCCUCCGUCAUGCCUACCAGCCACCGCGUUACCUCCCCCAGCCACCCAGAGACCGCCUCCCCGUCCGCCACCGCCAGGCCACCGGUCCCCUCCGCUACGUCCACUCACAGCCCUCUAACGGGCACACACUCCUCCGCCCGGCCACUGACGACGACCCAAGUCCACCGCUCCGUCAGCACGGCCAGGACCUCAAGCUCCGUCUCACACCUCCCAACUCCUGCCAUCUCUGAAACCACGGCAGCCCCCCACACCACCCUCUCCCCCAAGCCCACGGCGACAGGAACGGCGACCCCAGCCACUCACCCUGCCACCGCCACGCCAGCCAGGCCCCACACGCACUUCACCACGCAGCCCGCCCACACGCCUUCUGUCUCCUCGGCCUCCCACUCCACGGGCCCGCCCGCGGGCACAUCCUUCCGCACCACCACCUUUCUCCCCUCUCGUCCUCACCCGGAGACCACCUCCGUGCCCACUCCUCCUGUCAGCUUGCUCACUGGCACCUCCAGUGUCUCCCUGCCUCUUACUGGCUCACAUACCGGUUCUUUGUCUCCCUUAUCCACUUCCUCCUCCCCUAGCGGCUCCCUCUCACCUCUUCUCUCUCCCACUGCUUUGCCCUCUUCUCUGCCCACCACAUCCCCUUCCCAUGUCUCCUCUUAUCCAGCCCAUGUUCCCACCUCUAGUACCGUGGGGCAUCUGUCCACUAUCCCAACCACAUCCAGAUCUCUGCCCACCCCUACUCUACCCUCUCCGUCCACCUCCCAGUAUACAUCUUUUACGACUCGAGUUCCCACACCUGGCCUCAUGUCAUCCACUCUGGGGGUGACAACUACCCCAAGUUUGUCAGCCACACACCUCACCAGCAGGCCGCCUGGAAGUCCAGGGCUGCUGACCACUGCUGUGCUGAUCAGCUCUGUCCCCGGGCAUGCAAGUUCUUCCCUUUCCACCGCAGUGUCCUUUUCCACCAGAGGCUCCCCCACGCUGUCUCUCAUCACAUCUCUGUCCAGCUCCCCAGGUUCUGGGCCCAGUAGACCAGAGACACCUAUGCCCACAGGAAUAUGCAGCGUGAGAGAGUUUGAGGAGGAGGUCACUUACCAGGGGUGCACAGCCAACGUGACACUGACGCGCUGCGAGGGCACCUGUGCCUCCUCCACCAGCUUCAACAUCAACACCAAGCAAGUGGACACCCACUGUGGCUGCUGCUACCCCGUCAGCUCCUAUGAGAAACAGCUGGUGCUGCCCUGCCCAGACCCCAAAGUGCAGGGACAGCAGCUUGUGCUCCCCCUGCUGGUGUUCAGCAGCUGUGCAUGCAGCCCCCAGCACUGCGGAGACUAGCGGGCAGAGCCCCAGCCCCCCAGCUUGCUGUGCUCAGCAGCCCACUUCCUGGCCACAAGUCACAGCCUGGAAGAGCCCUCAGACAUGGCUCACUUGGAUGCCUGCGGGAAAGGGGCUUCCAGGCAGUUCCUGCAGAUCCUGCCCCAGCCCAGCAGGCUGCAAGGAACAGCCAGCCUGGGCCACACGGGGCACAUCCUGGCCAUGCCCAUCAGCCACCCACACAGCCUCCCAGCCUUUGGAAGCAGCCACUUAGCCCUGACGGAAUGGGAUCCUGGAAACAGCCCAAGGAGCAAACCCUGCGGCGGGGGCACCUGGGGACAGGGGUCACAGCAGGGCAGGCAGCACAAGGGAGGGAAGGUGGCAGAAGGGCAGACACAGGCAUUGUGCACGACAAGGCCGCCCAGAACGGAUGACAAAUAAAGUGGCACUGGUGAAGGCACA